GCACCUCAGAAGCCGCUGUCAGCCACUCCGCCAGGCUUCUCGUCCUGCGGACAGCGGCGUGCUUCCCUCUGAGAUGGCCUCGGCCGAACCACCAGCCGCCUGACAAGACACCGGAUAACAUUUUCGUUUCUUAUUUUUUUUUAAAAGCCAGACCUUUGAAACUGUGGGCAUCCGUGCAGCAUUUUCCACACCCUGUCGCCUUUUCCAACCUCAACAUCUGCACACCCAGCCGGCUGUACUAGGCUUCGCUGGCAGCAUCGCUGUUUUUUUUUUAAUUAAAACACCCAGAGGUGCUGCUGCUGCUGCUACUGGAUCCUUUUACUAGAUCCUACUGGAUCCUACUAGAACUCAACUCAAGGACAAAGCACCGAGCACACAGAAAACAUUAUUCAUCUCCUAUAAACGGGCAGGAGAGGAAAGAUGAGCGAGCAGAGUAUCUGCCAGGCGCGGGCCUCGGUCAUGGUCUACGAUGACACCAGUAAGAAGUGGGUGCCUAUCAAGCCUGGACAGCAGGGAUUCAGCCGUAUCAACAUCUACCAUAACACUGCCAACAACACCUUCAGAGUGGUGGGCGUCAAACUGCAGGACCAACAGGUGGUUAUCAACUACUCCAUAGUGAAGGGCCUCAAGUACAACCAGGCCACCCCGACCUUCCACCAGUGGCGGGACGCCAGGCAGGUCUAUGGCCUCAACUUCGCCAGCAAGGAGGAGGCCACAACCUUCUCCAACGCCAUGCUCUUUGCUCUUAACGUCCUCAGCGCUCAGGAUGGAGGUCCAGCUGUCCAGCGCCAAGUCCAGAAUGGGCCAACUUCAGAUGAGAUGGAAGUUCAGAGAGCGAGGCAGAUGAUGGAGCAGCAGCAGCAGAUGCAGGCACAAUUGGAGCGGGAGCGACGGACGUCCAACUCAGGUUCUCCUUUCCAAGGCCACCCUGCUGUGCUCUCUGUGGCCCCCCCAGUAAUACCUCCCCCAAUGAACAUGGGUGGCCCUCCUCCCCCUCCACCACCACCGGGACCUCCACCACCUUCAGCAGGGGCACCCCCACCUCCGCUCCCACCACCACUUCCCAUGGGUGGAGGGAGUCACGGGGAUGAACCCCCCGCCCAUACGGGUCUCGCCGCUAUGAUCGCUGGAGCCAAACUUCGCCGCGUUCAAAGACCCCAAGACGACAGCUCUCCAAGCGGCAAAAACGAAGCCAACCGAACAAGUGGAGGAAGCGGAGGACUGAUGGAGGAGAUGAACGCUCUGUUGGCGCGAAGAAGGAAAUUAGCCUCAGAGAGGCCCGAGGACAGCCAAAAUGAUGACCCAAAUUCUCCGUCACCCAGCACUCGGAGUGGACAGAAUGCCACAGAUGGUGCAAAGAAGCCUUGGGACCGAGCUAACUCUGCAGACAGGUCAAUGGUUUCAAGGGUACGGCCCGGUGGGGGUGGCAGUGACACAGACUCGUUAGACCUUGACAGAAUGAAGCAGGAAAUCUUGGAAGAAGUGUUUCGUGAAUUGCACAAAGUGAAGGAGGAAAUCAUCGAUGCCAUUAGACAUGAACUCAGUCGAAUUAGCACGACAUAAUCUUUCAGAGCAACUCCCCGACAUGAACCACCUUUUUGAACCAUUGCCCAUGCAGCAGCUGCUGUGGCCCUGAGCAGGAGGGAGGAAGAGGAGGAGUAAGAGAAGUCAGGAAUGAAGGCCCAAACUGUGACAUCUACUCAUCCUGUUCAGCUGUCGUGUUGAAGCAUCGCUGCAACGUUGCUGUAACACCUCACACAUGUCUGUGUAACAUUUGGUUUGUUUGUCUGGACGUGAAUGGGGCACACUCUCGCACUGAUUCCUCUUAUUUCCUCACAUUUUCUGUCUGUUUGUUUGCCCAGUUCGCCCCUCUGUCCUCCGCCUAAAGGAGAAUGGAUAAAAUUCCAAUGACUUUGUUUGUUUUGCUUUUUUCAAAAGUUUGUUUUAAACUUUUUUAUUAUUAUUAUAAGGCUAUUAUUACUAUCAUUUUCAUUAUUGUUACUAUCAUUUUUACGAUUGUCAAUGUAAUGUUGAUAUAAGUUGUAGUAGUGUAGUGAGUACAAUGGUAAUAAUGAGGAAAAUGAUCAUGAGAAUAUGAUAGUAAUUAUAAUGUUGGUAAUUAUAAUUGCACAUCAGUUUAUGUCAGCCUUUUGUAUUUUAUAUUGUUUGUUUUCAUUUUUUUUGUUUUACAUACAGUUGCAAGCACAUCCAAACUAAAUGCUCAUCAUCUAACCUGGAACAUUUUUUUUAAAGGUUUUUUAUCCUUUUCUCCAACACAGCUGUGUGUGGAACCACGGCAGAAAAAAAAACAGGCGCUGAUCUGAAAACGAGGGUGGAAUAAACUUCUUUGGAUAUUGCAAUCUUGUAAACAAAAAAGAAAAAAAAUAAUACACCAGAGUAUUUGUGAUCAUGUUGUUAAUAAAAUGUUUAUUGGCUGCAAGGAUAUGGUGAAGUAUUGUUCAUUUUAUUCUCUCCUUUUAUGACAAAGUGCUUCCUGGUUUGAAAACAAAAAAAGAGCUGCACUAAGUUUAAAAUGAAUUAAAAUAAAACUGUGAACAAUGAUUUGGAUAAAUGAGGCUGUCUCUUUCCUUUUGUGUUUGUUUGGGUGCUAUUUUGAUGCCUGUCUUGUGAUUUUGUCUCAAAUCAUUUUUAACACAAAAACA